AGUGUAUGUAGGAGGAGAGGGAGCUCAGGGCCUGCAUACAAACUAGUCGCUCUUAGGAUCAUUCAUCCACAACAACAACAACAACAUUUGCUAAGGUUUUAUUUUUAAAUUACUUUAGCACUUUAGCACAGGUGUGGCAUAAAAACUGCUCGUUCAUAUUUUAGGUCUUUUUUUUUUUGCCUGCAGUUUGCGGUGGGUUUAAAUCCAGCAACGUUAGUUGUUAAGCUAGCAAAACAAACAAACAAGAAAACUCGAGUUUUCAGUUUAAACACGUUCUAAAAAACGUCUAUAAGGUAAUAAAUCGAGUUUUCCUAGAAUACAGGAAGAAUUUAUCUUCAAGUGCGUGCUCAAAGGUACAAAAUGUCAUCGUAUAUGCUACUUUGUUUUGCUUUAGCUAAAGUAGCUAGUUAAGCUAACGUUAAGCAGAAAGUACUUAGUUAGAUAACGUUAAGCAAAGGGUAUUUUACAGUUUAUUUCUUAAACAUUAGUUUGCAAAUUGUACGACUUAACGAUUUGCAUUUAACCAUAAAAUCACAAUUUUACAGUAAAAGAAAAGCUUACAUUAAGUAAACAACAUACAAAUAUGAGAGGAAGCUCAUCAUACGGAGACAGAGACCGAGACAGAGACCGUGGACGGGACAGAGGGACACGCUUUGGGUCCAGCCGUGGAGGUCCACCACCUCCUAAGAAGUUUGGGAACCCUGGAGACCGACUCAGGAAGAAGAAAUGGGACCUAGGUGAGCUGCCAAAGUUUGAGAAAAACUUCUACAGCGAGCACCCAGAGAUCCAGCGCAUGAGUCAGUAUGAGGUAGAAGAGUUUCGCAGAAAGAAAGAGAUCACUGUCAGGGGUUCUGGGUGCCCAAAGCCAGUGCCAAACUUCCACCAGGCACAGUUUCCUCAGUAUGUGAUGGAUGUACUGCUGCAGCAGAAUUUCAAGGAGCCCACAGCCAUUCAAGCACAGGGCUUCCCAUUGGCCCUCAGUGGCAGGGACAUGGUGGGAAUUGCACAGACUGGAUCCGGCAAAACACUUGCUUAUCUGCUUCCAGCCAUUGUGCACAUCAACCACCAACCGUACCUAGAGAGGGGAGAUGGACCUAUUUGUCUAGUUCUAGCUCCAACACGUGAACUGGCACAACAGGUGCAGCAGGUGGCGUAUGAAUACGGCAAGACCUCCCGAAUCAAGAGCACCUGUGUGUAUGGCGGAGCCCCUAAAGGUCCACAGAUCAGAGACUUGGAGAGAGGUGUUGAAAUUUGCAUUGCAACACCUGGUCGUCUGAUCGACUUCCUGGAGGCAGGGAAGACGAACCUGCGUAGAUGCACCUACCUUGUCCUGGACGAGGCAGACCGCAUGCUGGACAUGGGCUUCGAGCCACAGAUCCGCAAAAUCGUAGAUCAGAUUCGGCCGGACAGGCAGACAUUGAUGUGGAGUGCUACCUGGCCCAAAGAGGUGCGUCAGCUGGCGGAAGACUUUCUUCAUGACUACAUCCAAAUCAAUAUAGGGGCCCUGGAGCUCAGCGCCAACCACAACAUCCUGCAGAUUGUGGACGUUUGCCUGGAGAACGAAAAAGACAAUAAGCUGAUUCAGCUGAUGGAGGAAAUAAUGGCAGAGAAGGAGAACAAGACCAUCAUUUUCGUUGAGACGAAGAAACGAUGUGAUGAGCUGACUCGCAGGAUGAGGAGAGAUGGAUGGCCGGCAAUGUGCAUUCACGGUGAUAAAAGUCAGCCGGAGAGAGACUGGGUCCUUUCAGAGUUCCGCAGUGGUAAAGCUCCUAUCCUUAUAGCUACUGAUGUUGCCUCACGUGGACUGGAUGUGGAAGAUGUGAAGUUCGUCAUUAAUUACGACUACCCGAACUCUUCAGAGGAUUAUGUGCACCGCAUCGGGCGCACUGCCCGUAGCACCAACAAAGGCACAGCCUACACGUUCUUCACACCUGGAAACCUGCGUCAGGCCCGUGACCUGGUACGGGUUCUGGAGGAGGCUCGGCAGGCCAUCAACCCUAAACUUCUCCAGCUGGUUGACUCUGGACGUGGGUCAGGAGGAGGAAGGAUGCGUUACCGUGGCUCCAGCUCCAGCAACCCCAAUCUGAUGUACCAGGAUGAGUGUGAAAGGCGCAUGCGCUCUGUCAGCGGAAGUGGAGGCAGCGUUAGCAAGGACAGUCGGGGAGGCAGCAGCUACAGCCGAGAUGGGCGCUCAAGCCGUGAUGACCGAUCUUCCUCCUCGUCUUCGUACCGAGAUCGCAGCCGGGAUGGCCGGAACAGCUACAGCUCAGGCGAUCAGUACCAAAGUUACAACAGCAGCGGAGGGGGAGGGUACAGCUCAAGGCAAGGUGCAGUUUCACAGUCUGGUGGUGGCACCAGUAGUGGUUCAGGCGUAGGGCAGCAGAACCAGUCAGGACCACCACAGGGCCCAUUUAAUCAGGGACCUCCUCCACCACCACAGUCUGGGGCCGGACCAGGACCAGGACCACAGCCUCUGAUGGCCCAGCAGUUUGUUCCUCCUCCACCACCUCAGCCCAUGAUGGGAUUUAUGGGUCCAGGGCCGUACUCAUUCGGUCCUCCUCCUCCACCCCCUCCCCAGCAGCAGAGAAAGUAAAACUUUUCAUUCAAAAAGAGAAGCCAGAUUGUGUAAUAUCCGUCUAGUAGUGGUACUUAAUCAUUCCCGACCCACUACCAGAGUGAAGAAAGUUGAGUAUAGUUCAGUGUGUCGUCUUUAUCCCUAGACUUUUCUUUCCUCUCUGUUUUAUAAGUGUUUUGGUGUCACAUUUUGCGCAGGCCAGUCAUUCAGGGAUUGUGGAGGUAAGGACUACGUAUAUUGAAUUCUCUGAUUAUGUACCAACUGAUGUAUGCUACAUAUAACGCCAAGCUGAAAAACAUUUUUUCAAAGCUUUUAUAGCUUUUUCUCUCUGGGUAAUUGUUUUACUGCUUUCUACUAGUUCACUAUAAUGUAUAAUUGUUUCUCUUUUUAGCUCACUUAGGCUUGUUAGUUCUGUUAACAUUAGGAGCACAGACUAUUACAUGAAUCAUUUUGAUGGCAGCCAUUUUUUGUGAACAUGCCAGUGAUGUACAAUAGGUUGAAGAAGCUAGCCUGGGAUUUGUAUCCUGUGUUGAUUAUUUCUACAGUUUGGUUUUUAAUAAAGGGUUCAACCUAAAAUA